UUACAAGAUAACUAGCUUGGGAACAGACUGGAGAACAGGUUGCAAAUUUGUGUCGAGACAUGACAGCGAAUCUGCGACUGGCGGAGUGGCGGUAUACGUUCUCAGACCGACCUGUCACUCUGAGUAAAACAAAGAAAUUGAUUACACGGAUGAGUUUUUUUUAAGAAAAAAAGGAUGCCUGUACAUUGCGUCGCUAUUGGAUGUAGAAACACCAUCGAUAUUAAGAGAAAGCCCGCGGUACAGAUUGAAUUGGAAAAAGUGGUAAAAAUAACAUUCCACUCAUUUCCUUCCGAUCCCGUCAGAAAAGCAGAAUGGAUAAGGAUAUUGGGACUUGAGAACAAAAUUAUUAGCAACAGAAGUCGCCUGUGUUCUCUUCAUUUUAAAGAAAAACAUAUAGAUCGCACAUCUUUGGUGUGUGUAAGGUUGAGAGAAAAUGCUGUUCCACACAUAUUUGAAGAUGUGGAUGACAAAAUGGAUACAAACGAAACAGUGUCAGCACUACCGGAAUUUUUAGACACGCAAGUGAAGACAGAAGACUGUUUCGAAGAACCUGCCAAUUGUAAGCUCGACACAGUUGCAGUUUUAAAAUGUGAUAAAGGAACGGACACUUCGAUGUCCCCAGCGAAGAGAUCGACACAGGACAAGGGAACAAGAAUCUCGCCUGAAAGAAUAUGGACUAUGAAUUUUUCAAAUAUGGAAAUAAUUAGGAAAGCAAGCAAUGCUGAGAUUGAACAUUUACGUAAAAGGAUACGAACGUUGAAGCAACAAAUCUCGCGAAAGGACAAGAAAAUUGACAUUAUAAAGUCUAUGCUGUCUCUUUAGCGGUCGAGAUUGUAUAAUUAAAAUCUUUGAGUGCCUCGUGUCGCGUAAGAGCUGUAUAAAAUCGGAAAGAUGGUAAUCUUAGACAUUGAAAACAUUUUAUUCAGUCAGUAAGAAGCAUUCUACAUGAUGAUAAUAGUAAUCAUAGUAUAAUCCGUGAUAAUAAUAAUAAUAAUAAUUCAUUCGUAAUAACCACAAUUUGUAAAUGUACAAGGUAAACUGUCUCUCUUUCUCUCUGUCUCACCCUUGAUUUCUCUCUCGCUCUCCGUUCUCGCAGUCUCUCUCUCGCUCACACGCUGAGAAUUGUCAUUUAUAUAGUGUACAUAAAAUUACAGAAAAAUUCACCAAUAUAUAAAUCAAACGUCGUUACUCU